CUGGGUCUUUUUUUUUUAAAAAGCCUGGGAUUGGUCAGUCAUCUAUGCUGCUGGGGUCAUCAGAGGGUGGCAGAAGGAGACUGGAACUGCUCUUGGUUGAUAUGACGACAGUGUGCUGUCUGUGUUCCAUGUGCCACAUAAUGUUCCGCACUGUGCUCCUCUGUCCCAUUCGUUGUCGUAGGUACAGCGUGUUGUCAGACCGGUUUGCAUUAGUCAGAGAGUGUACAUACAGUUUAAGGUAAGCAGCUCCAGUUAGAUGCAUAAUGGCAGGUAAACACACACACGCAUACACAUACAUACAUACAUACACACUUACACGCGCACGCACACAGCCUUCGAUCGAUGGGUCCUCUUCACAAAAAAAGUCGAGAAUUGAGUUUUUGAUUCAUGUUUUCGAUGACCUAUUUAUCACUUGGUAUGGUCUAUGGCGAUCGGUAUAAAUAAGCACACGUUUAAGGGAAUUUAAGAUGUCCAGCAUACUUUCUUACUCACUCAAUGCCCCUAUAGCCUUUUUUUGGUACACAGCUAAGGUGAAAUAUCUGAUCUGUCUGUGCUGCAAACUGCAUCAGUGGUGUUACUUCGUUAACCGGUGGCUGAAAAGAGGAGGCUUGUAUCUGUUGCCUUUUAACCACAUACGUAGGCCUACGUUGCAGCGAGCCUAGACAAUGACUAGAGGGAAAGACAUUUAGAGGUAUAACAAAAACAUUAUAGGGAUAUUUGGUUAGGUUGAGGAUGGGGAUUUCUGCAAGACUUUUUUGAGGUUCAUAUUGACGUUUCACUUGAAAGUCAAGUAUAUCUCAAACUUUUGGUGUAUGGAUUACACAGGGGAAUUUUGGAGAAGGUCAGCGAUAUGACAUCGUAUUUCUCUUCCAGACGGUAGUCAGACACGCUUCGUUGUAAGCAACUCGAAUUGUAGAUAUUUUGCCUAGACGCUUGAACAUGGACCACAGCUGUGCUCUAAGAGUUAGGGAGUUGGCUAGCUGAAGCGGUUGGUUGGCUGAAGUGCCCUUUAGCAUGGCUUCUUGGCCUACAUCUUUCCAGGGACUGUAACCAAUACGGUGCACCUAAAAUAACCCACGUACAGUAUGUCAUUUUGGAUGAAAGCCUCUUCUAAGUGUACUGCAAUGUAAUGAAGACGCUUCUUUAGGUGUCUGGAUGAAAGGUGAAAUCUCUUUAAGAUGUCAUAUUGCAAUGUCGAUGGCAUUAUUUAUUUACAACCCAGCUUCUUUGUAUACUGUUGGAACUCAUUCUUCUUCUAGAGUACAUGGUCAGAUGGACGUCAGGAUCAAUAUUGACAAACAGAAGCUUAAACCAGCGCCACCCGCUGGACGCCAAAUUUGUUUGCCUGCGAGUGGUCUGGCCUCGGACGGUCGAACACUUUGAACACAUUGCCCUGAAUCUGGCAAACCAAUCACAACGCAGAGAUUUGUUUUGAAUCAAAGCGGGCGGGGUUUUGAGGGAGUGACGACGAAGCUCACAAGGCUGGGAAAGCACAUCAACAAGAAAGAUGGCACUGAUUGGUCAGGUUAAUAGGCACAGGCACGGUUUGAAAGACAACGGGUUGUUCUCAUCAACAAUUUUUGGAUAUACUAUUCAUCGGGCCGGACUAAAUUACACAUCCAAUGUCACAUUUAGGCUGCUUUAUCAGGCUAGACAAACAGCAUUGUGACAUUCAGACUGCUACCCUCCGUUGACGACCACAGGCCAAACUGAGCAUCCACAAAAUUACAUCCUUUCACUGUUGGCUCAGUGAGUGCCGGUGCAAAAAUACCGUAGGCGGACAUUUGAGUUUGAUCAUUUUCAUGCAGGAAUAUUGUGUGAUUUUUUUAAUUUUAUUUUUUUGUCUGUACUUCCAUACAGCUUUUUGCUUCCUCAGGAAGCGGUGUAAGAAGCUGCAAUGUUCCCACAUAAACAUCAGGUGGCACUUGAGGGGGAGGGAUCCAAACUGAAUUUCUUUAUGAUUUGAAGUUGGAAUGGACUCCUGUCAUUACACGGAAGUACACGUUCCUGUAUUGUGUGAGUGAGAUGAUCAUUCUGAAUGUCACCUGAAACAUGUCAAGGUGGAGUGGGAGAUCUUGUUCUGAUGAAUUUUGUUAUCAUAUAAUUGUCAUCAUACGCCUACUGCUUGAAAUCCUCUUCACUCCCCUAUUGCAACCAUUGAAUUAGAAGGUUUGUCACUCACAAUAACAAAAUAUUUUAGUCAAACGUAGAAUGCAAAAUCAUGGAGAAGCACCAUUGGUGGAUCUUGACAAUUCCAUCAACUUUCAGUCUUCUUUGAGAAGUCUUGGGAAAGGUCAGGGUGUGUAUUUCAAAAAUGUAGCUUGAUGGAACCGUUUUUGUUUUCCCCAGGUGCUCCUACCCCCUGCCUUUAAAUCUGUCGUUCCGAUAUGGAUGUCCAGUAAACCUAUUGUUCUGGAACAAACAACAUUAGAUGCAGCGUCUCAUGUACACGUAUGCCUGUGGGGUUAAGAGCUGUGAUACUGAUACAUUAGAAUGAAUGAUCCAAGGAGAGAGAGGGGGGUGUCGCGUCAUUUACUGCACUUGUUACUGUGUUGCUGUUGCUCCAUGUAAAAUCCAAAACUCAAACGUUCAUAUUUGUUAAGUGAUUGAUCAGAUGUGUGCAAUAAAUCCAACAUUAAUUUAAAAACAAA